AUGCUGCUGAGACUGGGCGGCCCCGCGCUGCCGCUGCUCCUGCCGUCGCUGCUGGUGCUGUUGCUGGGCGCGGGCAGCGGUGGCCGCGGAGUGCGCGCCGAGGUGCUGUUCCGCUGCCCGCCCUGCACGCCAGAACGCUUGGCUGCCUGCGGGCCCCCGCCGGACGCGGUGUCCCGGUCGGCCGGCGGCGCCCGCGGGACCUGCACUGAGCUGGUCCGGGAGCCGGGCUGCGGCUGCUGUUCGGUGUGCGCCCGGCUGGAGGGCGAGGCGUGCGGCGUCUACACCCCACGCUGCGGCCAGGGGCUACGCUGCUAUCCCAACCCCGGCUCCGAGCUGCCCCUUCAGUCGCUGGUCAUGGGCGUGGGCACUUGCGGAAAGGGCCGGGACGCCAAGUACGGCGUUAGUCCGGAGCAGGUUGCAGACAGUGGAGAUGAGAACUCUGAGGGAAGCCUGGUCGAGAACCAUGUGGAUGGGACCAUGAACAUGUUGGGAGGUGGCGGCAGUGCUGGCCGGAAGCCCCUCAAGUCAGGCAUGAAGGAGCUGGCUGUGUUCCGGGAGAAGGUCACCGAGCAGCACCGGCAGAUGGGCAAAGGAGGAAAACACCACCUUGGCCUGGAGGAGCCCAAGAAGCUUCGGCCCCCACCUGCCCGGACCCCCUGCCAGCAAGAACUGGACCAGGUCCUGGAGCGGAUCGCCACCAUGCGCCUUCCUGAUGAUCGGGGUCCUCUGGAGCACCUCUACUCUUUGCACAUCCCUAACUGUGACAAACAUGGCCUGUACAACCUCAAACAGUGCAAGAUGUCUCUGAACGGGCAGCGUGGGGAGUGCUGGUGUGUGAACCCCAACACUGGGAAGCUGAUCCAGGGAGCUCCUAUCGUCCGGGGGGACCCCGAGUGCCAUCUCUUCUACAAUGAGCAACAGGAGGCUGGUGGGGCGCAUGCCCAGAGGGCACAGUAA